AUGGCAGAACACGCAAAUUAUAGUUCCUCUUCACAGUUUCAGUCACCAGAAAACUCAAUCCCAGUAAGCGACAGCCCUUCACAAUCAGCUGUUGACGUUGGAAUAACACCUAGUAACAAUGCCCAGCGUUUAACUCCAAUACUGCAUAAUACCGCGAAUUUAACUCCACGCGGUUUAGUUUGCUCGUUUCUCAAACAACAUUCUUCCUACGAUGUUCUACCCGUUAGUUACCGGCUUAUAGUAUUAGAUACCACAUUAUUAGUAAAAAAGGCGUUAACCGCUUUAAUGCAAAAUGGAGUUGUCUCAGCCCCUUUAUGGGAUUCGACGAACCAAAAAUUUGCAGGAAUGCUGACAGUAUCCGAUUUCAUGAAUCUAAUUCAAUAUUAUUACAAGAAUUCAUCGUAUUCUGUCGCAUUAGAGGAGAUAGAACAAUUUCAAAUACAACAAUUAAGAGAGGUGGAAAGACGAAUCGGUAUUCCAGCUCCUCAAUUGUUAUCUAUACAUCCACUCAAAUCAUUAUAUGAAGCAUGUAAACUGCUAAUAGAAGCGCGUGCACACAGAUUACCGUUAGUGGAUGUGGAUUCUGAGACUGGUCAAGAAAUGAUCGUUUCUGUAGUCACUCAAUACAGAAUAUUGAAAUUUAUUGCAAUGAAUUGCAAAGAAACAAAACUAUUAAGAAAGCCAUUAGCAGAGAUCAAAAUUGGCGUAUAUAAUAAUCUUGCAACCGCAAGUUUAUCGACGCGAGUCAUUGAAGUAAUCAAUACAUUUGUCGAGAGACGAAUAUCAUCCGUGCCAAUAGUAGACGAAAAUCAGGUGGUAGUCAAUGUUUAUGAGACUGUAGAUGUGAUGACCUUAGUUCGUGCUGGCGCUUAUUACGGCAUUGAUUUACCUGUUGGUGAAGCAAUUCUCAAAAGAACGGAGGAUUUUCCAGGAGUUCACACUUGCACGCUUAAUGAUUCACUUUCCUCUAUUUUUGACUUGAUACGAAAGGCUCCUGUGCAUCGUCUUAUUGUCGUUGAUUCAGAAAAAUUCAUUGAAAUCCACGCAAAAGGAGAAGGUGCGGCAGUUUAUGACGUUUACCAGCGCCAGGUAGUACUUUUAUUAAGAUGCGAAAAAAUCGCUCUUCGAAAACUUAAAGACUUUAAUUGGAACGUAGAAGUAGCAGUUGACGCUUUCUUUAAUGAUCAACCGGCUACCACUUCAUGGAAUAGGUUUGCUUCGCCGGUACCCUCAGGAGUUGAUACCAAUAAGCUUAAUCAAAUUUUUAACCGAUAUAAAGAUAAAGACGAAGACGCCAUCCUUGUCGAUGGAAUGCUUCACUAUUGCAAUGAUUUGCGUGUUGCGCCAGAAGAUGUCGUGAUGUUGGUUAUAGCUUGGAAUUUAGAAUCAGAAAAAAUGUGUGAAUUUAAACGCCAGGAGUUUAUCAAUGGAUGGACAAAAUUAAAGUGUGACACAAUCGAAAAGAUGCGAGCUGCUAUACCAAGACUUCGACAAUCUUUAAAAGAAGAGACAACAUUCAAAGAGGUUUAUCUAUUCACAUUUAAGUAUGGGCUUAGUGAAAAUCAAAAAUCCCUGAACCUUGAUAUUGCAAUUGCAUAUUGGCAACUUUUGCUGCGAGACCGUUGGCCACAUCUUGAUAUAUGGAUAGAGUUUAUUAAGGAAAAGCAUGGAAAAUCCAUUUCGAAAGACACGUGGAACUUGCUGCUGGAUUUCAUUAGACAGGUCAAUCUAGAUCUGUCGAAUUAUGACGCUGAAGGCGCUUGGCCAGUCUUAAUUGACGAGUUUGUAGAAUAUGCUAGAGAUAAACUACAAAAUUUGUCCAAUCAUUAA